GUCCAGCGUCACACCAGCUUUAAACGGGACAAAAAGUUGCCGGGUGAACGACAGGAGAAAAAAAAAACAAAAAACUACACCCCUCCUUCAACCACUCUAACCCGAAGGGAGUGUUGUGUGUAAGUGUGUGACAAGAACGAGCUAGAAGAAAACGAGUAAAAACUUUGCGACUCUUGUGUGAUUUUUCACCGCGCGUUCACAACUGCAGUCACAACAGAACUUUACGCGAGACGGACAGCAGAGUUCACGCGCCAGAGAAGAGAAUGAGGACCGGAUCUGUGUGCAGACUGUGUGCAUUUUGGUGUGGUGUGUUGCUUGCCCUGCCUUCAACAAGAGCUGAUACAGCAGAGAAGCCGGUAUCUGGACGGCAGUCUCGUCAGGCAGAGGAGGAGGGGUUUGAAGGAGUGUGGGGUCCAUGGAGCGAGUGGGCGGAGUGUUCUCAGAGCUGUGGAGUGGGUGUGUCUGAGAGGAGGAGACAAUGCAUGCCACCGCCCCAAACCCCGCCCCUCAUCUGGAACAGGCCAGCAUACCUGCCCCCAGGUGUCCCAAACCACACCCCUGUGAUCUCCGCUGUCAGGCCCUACUACAACUCCAUGCAUCCUGGCAACGAGCCCCCUCCAUAUGGUGCAGGAGUUGCUGAGAGGCCUCCAUUUUAUUCUCCACCUCUCCCAGCCAAUCAGAAUCCUGGAUUACCCCUCUACCGAAAUGAAGCUGGUAGUGCUGGGCCAGUGAAAUUUGGCCCUUCCAAUCAGGAGCCAGUUUCAGUCUACCGUUCCCCUUCGUUUUCAGCUUCAUCUUCCUCAUCCUCUUCAAAUCCGUACAGUCAGCACGGAAGAGUUCCCGGACGGUCGUCUAGUCAUGCAGGAGGAAGAGCUGUCAGCACUGGCAGCAGGAGGUCUAGUUCUUCUAUUCGUCCUGGACAGUUUGGGUAUGGCAGGGUCCCCUUCUCUCUCCCCCUACACAGACAAAACCGGCAUGUGAGCAACACACGCCGCCACAACACCACCACCACAGACAGUCUCGAUGCUGUAGACAUUAAUUCCAACUUUCGUGACGACAAAAUAGAGGGAGAUGUAGAAAGAAGUAAAACAGAGGCAGCCAAGAUCAACAGAGAACCAAAAGAAAAGAGAAGAGAGAAAGAGAUGGACAUGGAGAGGAGUGAUAUUGCAACUGAGGGACCAAGUGACAGCAAGACGCCCAGACGGGCAGGAAGAACGCAGGAACGAGAGAGAAUUGCCCAUUUCCGGUCCUCGACCCAGAGACAAAGCCCGGCACUCGCGGCUCGUGACAAACGCAUUGACGGUCGUGCUUCUCGACAAGUCCCACACUCAUACACACACACUAUCCACCGAGCACACACUCCCAGAGACCCUCCUCUCUACAGCCUGCCUCGCCCCCUCAUCCAAACACCCACAAACCCCAACCCUGAACCCUGGGUCCUGCACAACGGCUCCCAGCCACCCAGAAAUGAUGCAGAGAGGGGCUGGACGGCAUCAGCGGCUCCCGGCAACUACAGGUGCUCUGGCAAGGACAGAGAGUACCGCAGGUGCAGUCUACAGGCAUGUCCAGGUGCUGCAGUAAACUCCAGGGCUGAGCAGUGUGCAGCGUUCAACAGUCAGGAGUUUAUGGGACGCGUGUAUGACUGGGAGCCUUUCACAGAAGUGGGUCUGGAGCAGCAGUGUGAGUUGACCUGUCGGCCCAUCGGGUAUCGUUUCUACGUCCGGCAGGCGGAGAGGGUACGAGAUGGAACUCCAUGUGCAAAUAACACACUCAGUGACGUGUGUGUGGGAGGACGCUGUCUGAUUGAGGGUUGUGACGGUGUGUUGGGCUCAGAGUUGGUUCGGGAUCGCUGUGGUGUGUGUGGAGGUGGAGACAGAACCUGCGAGCGCAUCACCGGAAGUUUCCUGAACACAAGUGUUCCUCUGGGUUACCACAAAAUCCUUGACAUUCCACCUGGAGCUACGGCUAUUAACAUCACAGAGAGAGGAGCCAGUCCAAACUACCUGGCCCUGCGCAGUGGAACAGGUCAAUCUGUGGUGAACGGACGCUGGGCGGUCGAUCCGCCUGGAGAGUAUCAGGCAGGAGGGACCACCUUCAUGUACAGCCGCCCCAAAGCAGGGCCUCACGAGCAGGAAGAAGAGAGAGGAGAGUCCCUCACUGCACCGGGACCCACAACUGCCCAGCUGCAACUAUAUAUUAUUUUCCACAGGCAGAAUCCAGGCAUAGACUAUGAAUAUUACAUCCCAGUGGAGAAAAAGAGAGACGAAGAGAGAGAGAUACAGAGAGAGAGGGAGAGGGGACGUGCGGCGCUCCGAGAAAUCAGUGCUCUCUCAGUUGCCAUUGAAAACCCCAUCGUUCCUCCUCCUGUGUCGUCUUCUGAUGCCUCUCCUUCAUUUUCAUUCCCUUCGUCUUCUUCAUCAUCUUCCUCCUCAUCUGAUCGAUGGCCAGCAGAGAGGGCCCGCCCACAGGGCGCAGGACCCAAUCGUAACGCUCGGAUCCCUCCACGCACAGACCUUCCAUUGGACAAUCAGCCUCCAUUCGUGUGGCGCCGAGGGCCACUCACUGAAUGCACUGCUUCCUGUGGAAAAGGCUCUCAGUACAGAGAGAUUGUGUGUGUGAACAGACACACAGAACAGGAAGUUCAUGAGAGAAGGUGUGACUCUGCAACUAAACCAAACCCAGAGGAAGAACCAUGCAACGUCCAUCCGUGUCCACCAUUCUGGGAGACAGGAGCAUGGUCAGAGUGUAGUGUUUCCUGUGGCUGGGGUGUGCAGCAGCGUCAGAUACAGUGCAGACAGAGUUUUGGGAAUCGUUCUACGAUGGUUCACCCGCAACGCUGUGCUGAUCUCACCCGGCCGAACGCCACACAGCCCUGCCACCCACGUGUCUGCUCCCACUGGGAGAUCAGCACCAACUGGAGCGCAUGUUCAGUGGAUUGUGGAGUAGGAAAGAGAACCCGGAGUGUACGCUGUGUCAGUAACCAUGGUAACAUUGUGAAUGACAGGGAGUGCAAUGACAGGCUCCGCCCACAACGAACUGAAGACUGUCACAUGGGUCCCUGUGUCACUAACUGGUACUUCACUGAUUGGACACACACUUGCUCUGCGGCAUGCGGACCGGGCGUCCAGAGGAGAGAGGUGGUGUGUCUGACCAGAGGAGGCAGGAGAGAAAAAGAUCUAGGUGGAGAGUGUGUGGGUGAGAAACCGGCUGAUAUGAAGGCUUGUAACAGGGGACCCUGUACAUCUACACAUCUCUGGUACACUGGACCCUGGGUACAGUGCAAUGCAGCAUGUGGGAACGGCACCCAACGCAGAGACAUCAUCUGUGUGAAAAAGACAGGCAGUGAUUUUACAGUGAGCAGUGCCAGUGAGUGCUCACACCUGGACAAACCGUCUCCAGUGCAGCCGUGUGAACUGCAGCCCUGCAGACCGCAGUGGUUCAUCACUGAAUGGAGCACGUGCUCUCGUUCUUGUGGUGAAGGUAUGCAGAUACGAGAGGUACGGUGUCUCACAGUAGACAAACAGCACAGCGCAUCAUGUGAUCCCGACUCCAAACCUGCACUGGAACAGCCUUGUAAUACAAUUCCCUGCAGUCCAUUUGAAGAUGAGAACUGUAAAGACAGACGGCAUAACUGUGUGAUGGUCGUCCAGGCUCGACUUUGCGUCUACUCCUAUUACAAGACCGCCUGCUGUGCUUCCUGUACCCAGAGUGCUCAGCGGGCCAAAAGACAUUGACCCUACACAGGUUAAAGGACCUGCUUUGGACCUACUGAGAUUCCCUUCGGGCCAACCAGAGCUAAAGCUCAGCCAAUCAGUGAUUUGAUCACAAGAGUCAGCCAAUCAGUGGCUAUAUCAGAUCCAAAUGGAAUUCCAGGAGUGAAAGCCAACACGUAUUUAACUGAUAUCAGGAUCCCCAAAGUGAAAGUUUUAAAAUGCUAUAUGGGCUCUAUAGGCACAACUGACUCCAGGUCUGUGCUCACCUGUAGCUUUCCCCCAAUGAUGAAGACUUGGAUUGUUUAGUACCCUAUAAUAUCAGUGAGGAUGCCAAAUACUCACCAGUGCCUUUAAAUAUUCUCUAAACAAAUGCACUGAUAUCACUAGUCCAUAUUCUGGACACUUAUAUGAAGAUUUUGACAGUUGCAUGGGAACAAUUCGAGAAGUUGGUUUUACAUAGAGAUAUUAGAUGAAGUGUUUCAAGUAAUUGCAAGUCAGUCAAAAUAAUUGGAAUCAGAAUCACUGUUCACUACAUGGUCAAAUGUUUCUGGACACCAGGAUCCGAAAUUGACUUCCAUUAAUGGGCAAUAUUUGGUGGUUUUGAAAUUAAAUGUUCAACACACACAUUAAGGUUUAGUGUUUGGGUGCACGCAUACUUUUGGCCAUGAACUGAUCUUCAUACAAUCUAAAUGCAGGAACUGGCUGGGAUGCAAGAUGCAUCCAGUAACACUUUUCUCACUUUGUGUACAUAAGAAAAAAAGAAAAAAACUAUAGGGUGUCACAUAGUCCAAAAGGUUUCAGGAAUUUUGAGACAAAUACGCUGUACACAUGAUGUACACUUAUAUAAACAGCCAUUCCCCCUCGAAAACUGUCUCUUUUCCCUUGUCUCAGUCCAAUAAUUUAUACAUCAGAUAGAAGUACUUUUGUCAGAAUGCAUAAAUGCUACAAUAUGUACUCAUUAUGUCUAAAUCGUUCUAGAAACAAAUCUAAAAUCUUUGGCUUUGUUCAGACAAGCAACAAAAUCUAAAGUGACUCAAAUCUGUUCAGUUGUUUGUUGUCUGAGCAGGCUACAUGAAAUCCAGUUUUUACAAACCACAUUUGUAUGUGUUUUUUGGAAAUGUGUCAAUAUGAACGGUCAGAUCAGAUUUCAAGUAUUAUUAUUUUUUUCAUUAUUUGGGACAUGAUGUGUGUGUAACGUCAUACACAAUGCACAGUAAUGUCAGUAGGAUAUUGAAUACACUGUCGGUCCAAAAGAUCAAAUAGGAUAAUUAUUUAAAAUUGGUGUGAAAAAAAAAUCUUUGAAAUCUUAUUUGAACUAGUCCACAUGUAUUUGUCAUUUCUACUCUAUAAAGAGGAGAAAGACAUUGUUUUUGAUCAGCUCUCAGUGUCUGAUUCAGUCGUUGUUCCUUUAAACAAGGCCACAUGAUGACUUUAGAUCAGUUUUCUUUUAAUGUAAAUCAGUCAAUCAGUGUUUCAUGUAUUUUUUAGUAUUUGUUCCACGUUUUUUUAUUUGUUGUUGUUUUAAUUUGUUCCCCACAAUGUACAUUUGUAAAAGUCCAUUACUGAAUCAAACUUUUAGAAGCCCUACCAGUUUUAAUGUUGUUGUUAUUAUAAGAUGUAAGAUAUUCUUGUUGUGCAUUCCCUAUUUUUAAUAUAUAAAGUACCUAAAGCCCUGCCUCUGCUAAAUGGUUGUAAUGGCUAUAUGUACAAGCAGAAUGCAUUUAGGACAGCAUUUUUUGUGCUUUGUAUUCAUUGCUUAAGUAAUAAACAUGCAAACAGUAUAGCAUACUUAAUCAUUUUACAUCCAAGGCAACAAACAAGGCAGGACUGUUCUCCUGGAUCAAGCUGCUCCUCUUAUAAAUUCUCCAGCUUUAACCACUAGGCUAGCACAACCUCUUAUGUAAAUGAUUAUACGAAAAUAAAUAAUGACAGAGAUGGGGUGGAUACCUGGCCCAAAAAAAGAUCCUCACUCACUGCAAAAACCUCAAAACUUUGUGUGUGUGCAUGUGUUUAGUUGUAUCUGAGAGUUUAUGUACAUAUUUUAUAUGUAUAGUAUCACAUACAUCAAGAUAGGACACAGAUACCCUUUAGAAGAAUUAAAAAAGAGACUUUUAAAUAAAACAACCAUUAUAGUUAUUUGUCCAUGAUAAAAUACAUAUUAUUUAUUUAUUUUUUUCUGAAAUGGAUCAGUUACUGUCUUUGGAAAUUCAAGAUCAGUUUGUCGUUGUUAUGAUAUACAUUUUUCUUGCUUUGUUAUGAAAAAAAAAAAAAAACUGUGUGUGCAGAUUUUAUCACAAUUAUUAUACAUAAUAAACAAAUCUAAAGCCA